UGCGAGGGCGGCGUGUCCCCCCUCAGGAAUUACCCCCCCAUCUGUGGGGGUAGCCAUGAGGGGUCCAGGAUGACUCCCUGUACGUCCCCCGCAAUAUACGCCAAGAAUGCCCUGGGCAGGGUUAGUCCAGGACACGACCUAGGAUACCACACCCUAAUACCUCGUCAGGAUACCCUGAUACCGCGUCAGGAUACCCUGAUACCCCGUCAGGAUACCUUGAUACCCCGCCAGGAUACCCUGAUACCCCGUCAGGAUACCCUGAUUUCCUGUCAGAGUCCUUCGCUUUGGCCCGAGAUCAGAGCGGAUCCUAGGCUGGAGCUGAAGGGUGGCGCCCCCUACCCCCCCUCCCUCAACUUCUCCGCCCUCAGCUCGUGCCCCCGCUCCUCUCCCCGCCCCCAGCUCCCCAGCGUCCCCCCCUCCAGCGCGCUGGAGAACACACAAGAGCUGCUGAGUCCCUCAUACAAGGGGAAGAAGCUUCCCCGCGCUUCCCCCUUCGACAGACUGAGCGACGACCUCGUCGUUAGGAUCCUGUCCUUCCUCCCCACCCCCGCCCUGUGUAGUGUAUCGCGCGUGUGCCGCCGCUGGUACACGCUGGCCUGGGAACCGUCUCUGUGGACCAGCAUCUCUCUGUCAGGUGACGGUACCCCGGCUGACAGAGCCCUCAAGCAGAUCACCCGUCUACUGUCCCGCGACAACGCCGUCAACUGCGUCCAGAUAGAAAAAGUCUCGCUGAACGGCUGCGCGCGUCUAUCAGACCGCGGUCUCGGUCUACUGGGCCGCCGGUGUCCGGAGCUGCGACACCUCGAGCUCAGAGGCUGCGUUAACGUCACCAACGUCGGCGUCUUCGAGCUCGUCACGCAGUGCGUCAACCUGACCCACCUCGACGUCACUGGUUGCCACCAGAUCACGUGCAUCCACCUGUCGCAGCAAGGCUGCAGUGAGGCCGUGGAUGCACUGCUGCACUCCCGCCAGCUCUACCUGCAACAUCUCGACAUGACGGACUGCUUCGGUCUACGCGACGCCGGACUCAGCGUUAUUGUACGCAACUGCCCCCAGCUACUGCGUCUCUACCUACGCCGCUGCAUCAACAUUACGGAUGUUGGUAUGAAGCACAUCGCGAGUUACUGCCAGACGCUGCGUGAAGCGAGCGUAUCGGACUGCGUACAAGUCACGGAUUUCGGCAUGUACGAGUUAGCCAAACUUGGUCCCAACCUGCGCUACCUGAGUGUGGCUAAGUGUGACCAGAUCAGUGACGCCGGCAUCAAGCAAAUCGCCAGACAUUGUUACAAACUGCGUUACUUAAACGUGCGUGGUUGUGAAGCUGUUAGUGAUGACAGCAUGGAGAUGGUGGCCAGGUCAUGUCCGAGGUUACGGGCGUUAGAUAUCGGAAAAUGCGACGUUACUGAUAACGGCAUGAAGCUUAUCUCCGAGAACUGCCCCAACUUGAAGAAGUUGUCUGUAAAGUCCUGCGAUAUGGUGACUGAUAGAGGCAUACAGUACAUAGCCUACUACUGUAGGGGAUUGCAACAGCUCAAUAUUCAAGACUGUCAAGUAACCUUAGACGGUUACAGAACGGUUAAGAAGUUCUGCAGAAGGUGCAUUAUCGAGCACACUAACCCUGGGUUCUUCUAGCCGCUUGUACAGUUAUUAUAGAACUACGUUACGAGGUUCUUAUAUCGUGCGUGGCAGUUUAGUUUCAUAUCAGAACAG